GCCUCCUCCAGAUCGACCCCUUAAUCCAUUCCGUAUUUCCAACCCCCCCCCCACCCCACACACACACACACCACAAAAUCUAGGUCUGGCUAGGGGGAAAACGAAUUCGGCCACAUCUCCGGGUAGAUCCACUAGAGGAUUUGCAGUGUGUGGGAGAGGCCCAUGGAGGUGCACAACGAGGUAGAUGGAUCAGGUGUACCCCUGGCCGUGCUCCUCAAGCGAGAGCUGUGCAACCAGAAGGUGGAGAAGCCGGAUAUCCUGUUUGGGGAGGCGAGCAAGAGCAAGAAAGGGGAGGACUUCACGCUUCUCGUGGCCAAUUGCCACCGCACUCCAGGCGAGGGCCCCGGUGACGAUGCAGGCGGCGAUGACACCAUCUCGAUGUUUGUGAUUGUUGAUGGCCACAACGGACCUGCGGCUGCAGUAUACACUAGGGAGAAUCUCCCAAACAAUGUGUUAGCUGCUAUUCCUCCAAAUCUUACAAGUGAGGAGUGGACAGCGGCAUUGCCAAGGGCACUAGUUGCAGGUUUUGUUAAAACAGAUAAAGACUUCCAAACAAAAGCUGCACGUUCAGGAACCACGGUAACUUUUGUUAUAAUAGAUGGAUGGGUUGUCACUGUAGCAUCAGUUGGUGAUUCACGUUGUAUUCUAGAAUCUGCUGAAGGUUCAGUUUACUUCUUGUCUGCUGAUCACCGCCUGGAUGUCAAUGAGGAGGAGGUGGAGCGUGUAACAGCAAGUGGUGGUGAAGUUGGGAGAAUAAAUAUUGCUGGAGGUGCUGGGAUCGGUCCACUAAGAUGUUGGCCAGGCGGAUUGUGUUUGUCAAGGUCAAUUGGUGAUACCGACGUUGGAGAAUACAUAGUUCCUGUCCCCCAUGUGAAGCAAGUAAAGCUAUCCAAUGCCGGAGGCCGGCUUGUCAUUGCUAGCGAUGGUGUGUGGGAUGCACUGCGCUUUCAAGAAGCCCUGAACUACACCAGGGGGCUGCCAGCUGAAGCUGCUGCGAAUCGAAUUGUUAAAGAAGCUGUGAGCUCAAAAGGACUACGAGAUGAUACUACCUGCAUAGUAGUCGACAUAUUACCUCCAGAAAAGCUAAGCCCUCCAUUGAAGAGGCAUGGGAAAGGAGGCAUCAAAGCAUUAUUCCGAUGGAGGCCCUCAGAUGAAUUAUCUGAAGAACAGACAGACAAUGGGUGUUUUGAACCUGAUGUUGUAGAGGAACUAUAUGAAGAGGGGUCCGCAAUGCUUGCUCAAAGGUUGAAUGUAAACUAUCCAGCCGGAAAUAUGUUCAAGCUUCAUGAUUGUGCAGUCUGCCAAUUGGAGAUGAAACCUGGUGAGGGUGUCUCUGUUCAUGGCAACAUGCCGAAGCAUCAUUCACGGGUUGACCCCUGGGGCGGUCCUUUUCUUUGUUCAUCCUGCCAAGUGAAAAAGGUGGCAAUGGAAGGGAAGCUGCAUUUGUGAAAUUCUCCAUAUACAGUCCACCCUGCCCAAGUAGCCUUCCUCAAUGGUUUUGUAUACUUUGUCAGACAAGCUAAUAUUACUAACAGUGUUAACUUAUAAAGCAGACUUGUCAAGAUCAUCCAUCAGUCACUGGUAAACAGACUUAAGGACUGUUCUCUAACUCAUCUCAACUUGGAAGAUCAAAUUGGACGUCAGUGCAGAUGAUUAAAAUUUGUGGAAUCAUUCAUGUGAAGCACCACAUUUAUUUUGUUGAAGGUGCACUCUAUUUAUGCGAAGAAACAAGAAAGGAUCCCAGGUUCAAAUCAACCAGUGUCCUUAAGGUGUGUAUAAGUGCCCUUGACAUCGGUUAGCACUUGUCAGGAACCCAGGCUCAGUCCAUUUGUCAAUACCAGUCAUGGAGUCAUUUUUAGCUCGAGCCUAGGCUUUUCUCAUGUCACUCUGAUAAAUGACUCAAUCUCUUAUGUGAUGGUUUUCCUCUUGUUCAUUCUUCUUACAUGUCCAUUUUCCUUGCACCCCAGUUUUUUAUUCGUCGCUGUGCAUAGCCACGAGGCCCAAAACUGACAUAUUUUUUGUAUUGAUACCACAAUUCCAUAGUUAUAUCACAGUACUUAUAGUUUUUAA